AUGGGUGCAUCACAGAGUCGAGGUCCAACGACCCCCAAAGGAGUUACAGGCUCGGUGCUACAAACGCGACUGGAGAUGGAAGGAAUUUUGGGACAAAAAGGCUUGGGCAUCAUUCGCCAUAUUAUCAACCACCAGACACCUGGUUUAGUCACCCGGGUCAUAUGGAGCAGAGAGCACAGCACUUUGCAACACGAGUACCUGUUGGUCUGCAUCACAGGUCAAGAAGAGGCAAGAACUUCGUGGGUUAGACUUGAACGAAUGGGCCAUUUGGGCAAGCAGGCAACAGACAAGGAAGCAAAGUUGAUGUUCAUACCGGCACCUUGUAAGUCAAGCCUGGUUCACCAUGACGACGAGACUUUACACGAUGUCGAUCUUGGUCCGUUGCCUCCAACGUUGGCGAAAAUGGCAAACAUACUCUCAAUAAUCCACCAAGCAGCAUCCGACUACACAUUCCUUCACCACAAUUGUUGGUGGUUUGCUAGACAAACCUUUACCGUUCUCUUUACUCGCUUCAUGCCUGAUGGACCUCAGAAAAGGAGACUUCAAGGGAAAUGUAUCAUGAAGAAUCUAGAACAGGCAGAAGCACCGUAUCAUUCUGCGUGGCGUGGACGGCUGAUCCGAGGAAUGCUGUUGUUUGUUACCGCACCUGUGUUUCCUGUUGCUUGGCCAGUCAUUGUUGUAGGAACGGCAAGCAUAUCUGGAUAUGCCAUGUUUGUGCUUUGGAAGACUUCAAAGAAGAUUGAUGUUCAGAUUGAUGAUUAUUUGGGAAGUGUUGCGAAAUGA